GAUCGUGUUAGAAACAUUACAUGAUAGUUUUUAGACGAUUACUGAUGUGCGCUUGAUUCUUACUGCGGGAUUACAAAUGAAAUUAAAAUAUCAUUCAUCGGAAUAAAGUCAUGACCGCGCUAGUGUGUGCAAGUUGGAUGUUAGUGUAAUCGGAGAUCUGCAAAUUGAGAUUCAUUUUGCUCAUUUUUAAUAAUAACUUAAUAAAUUCCGGCAUUCUUGGCGGAAAAUGUAUAUUGAGUUAUAAGAAUGCUGUCAAAAACUGAUGGAGUUUGGCAAGUGACUAUUUUUAGAAAUGUUACAGGAAAAAAUGAUUUUUGAAAAUAUAUAAUGUUGAAAAAGACAAAAACUUGUCACAUAUAUUUGUAGUUUUUUACUGUUUUUAUUGAAUGUGCUGUUGUUGUUUUUUCAAAAGCUUUUAUAUUCGAAUUUAACGGAGGACAAAAUAAGAGUAAAGUAGGAGUAAAAACAUUGGAUUAUUUAUAAUACGGGAUUGAAGAUAUUAAAAAAUUUUUUAAAGGUUUAAAAAAGAAGAAAAAAGUAAAAAAAAAAUGUGUUUUCGGUGACAUGGGGAUUUUAGGAAUUUUUGGAGUUUACAUACAUGUAAAAACAUCUGAAGAAAAGGUGUGAAAGGAAAUAAACGUUUUACUGUUAUACAAAUAAAAAAGAAAAUGAAGGAUAAGGUUAAAAAGAAGCUGCUAAAAUGUAUGAGUUUUACGACCAGAAAACCAAAACCGCCAGUGGAACGACGCCAUUCAGUGAACAUGGAUGGACAUGACUUUUCCGAGAAGGACUAUGAACCAAACGAAGCGACUAGCGACUCAGUUUCUAACAAAUCAAAACCACCGUCAGUGAAACGGCAGAACUCUAUAAGACUGUCGAAGAAAUCAGACAGCGCUUUAAGCACAGGAACUUCUGAAAUUUCUACAAAAUCGCGUUUAAGAGCGGCAGCAAAGGCUGUCAAUUUAAUUGGUAAUUUGCACGCGUCUGAACCUACAUAUUUUCAGGAACCUAAACAGGCAGAAGAUCCGUACACUGUUCUGAAGACCCAAGCCUGCGACGCCAUACGCAAUGCAUUCAGUUUGGCAUUUCCGGAAGGGGAAGAACUCAAGCUGAAUAUUGACAAUGCGUUUCCCUUGCUUAAGUCCCUUGGAUUUAACCCCCACGUUGAGAAAGUGGUAGAUCUAGUCAGAGAAUCGGGCAUAGAAUCAUUUGGGGAGAUCGAUCCUACGGAAUUUGAAACUGUAGUGCUUGGUCUAGUCCAGACUAAAGAUGCAGAACUAUGGGAUAAACGCCUGGAGGAAAAACAACGUCAACACGAUCUUCGGGAGGCGGAGAAGGCGAAAAAAGAGGCGGAUCUUAUAAAACUAGAAGCAGAUCGGCGGCGGGCGGGAUUUGACGUGGAGGAGGUGGAAACCGACGAGUUUGAGGAGUUCGAGCGGCGGCGGCAGGAGGAGGCGGCCCUCCUCGCGCGUGAGGCCCGGGAGGAUCAGCUAUAUGACAACAUGCAGAUGGCCUUUAAGUUCAUCGACUCAGACGGCGACGGCGUGAUAUCUACAAGCGAUGUUUACAACCUUAUGAUGGGGCUGGGCGAAAUGUUGACGGACGACGAACUCUUCGGCAUGGUGAACGUGGUUGACCUUGACUGUGACGGCAAGGUCACGUUUGAUGAUUUUCGGAAGUUUUUACUGCCACAGUCAGGAGACGAGACACUUAUUACAUCUCCAGCAGAAUUAGCGCAGCGUCUCAUUGAAAGCACUGCCCCAGUUAGCGUAGCAUACGACACUAAGGCUGAAAACGCUGACAAGGAUGCAGACGUUCUAAACGAAAACGUCGGCGAAAACGCAGACGUAAUUCCUAAUCAAAACGCAGACGAUGUAAACGGAGGUGGUGUUGAAACAGAAUUAGGAAGCGGUGAAAAGGAAAAGGAGGAAACAGCAGUCACCUCAGAGGCUGAAGUAGUUACAGAGAAGACUGAAGAAGAUACGAAAAAGAAAGCUGACUAUCAGCGGAAACGUUCUAUGUUGUGGGGGUAUACCUCUUCUUCUUCUACAGACACUGUCAAGCGAGAGGAUCGUGUGACGUCAGUAUCAUCUGAGAGCGACAGCGUUUUCUUAGACGCGAAGCAGACUACACCUGAUACACCGGAAGUGAUAACCGAUGAUGGCACGCUCGAUUGUGCAAAUUUAGAAAAACCGGAAGUAGAUGAUGAUAAUCGAUUAACUGAUCCACCGGAUACCCCGGGUCAGCUUCUGUUAGACGCUAUUAAAGAAGAAGACGAACAUUCUAACUAUGAUGUUGAAAGAAAAGGAGAUGAAAAAGAAGUGAAUGAUAAACAUGAACAAAAACCUGAUGUUAAACCGGUUUUACACAUUGAACAUAAGAAGAAAUUAUUUUCCAGACAAAGUUCGUCUGCUUCUUUGAAAACUAAAUUCACUGAAAGUUUUGUUGACUCUGGUGUAGAAACAAUGGAUUCUGUAAAUUGUUCAGAGAUGCUUGAUCUACCUGACGAAUACGAUAUAGAUAUGUCAGGGGAUGAAACGGAAGAGGCGAAAGCAGCGUCAACAUCGCAUCCAGCAACAAAGCACUCUGCACGUGCUAUUUACGACGAUAACCAAGAAGACGAGGACAUGGUAGAAGCACACCACGUGCAUGAGUCAUUGUCACGUGUUAGUUCUACGGAAUCUUUAAGCAAACUGGAAGAUUUGGAAUCAGAAAUGCCUACUGAACGAGUAAAAAACUUCGUUAAUGAAAUAAUGCGUAUUGAUUUACCGAAAAGCCCUACAUCCGGGGAUUUAAAUGUAAACCUCAAAGAAUCGGAUCGCUUAACACGUGCGGAGUAUUUGCAAAAUGCAAUUUUGCAGCGUUCUGCCACAGCACCAUCAUUGACAGUUUCAAAAAGUAACACCGGUCGCCCGGACACUGCCCGUAGAUCUGAUAUUCCUUGCUCACAUAUUAACAUUGACCUGACCCUCGACACAACGCCAAAGGCUAACGUCAGGACGGUCAGACAAGGCAGGGAACGCUCAACAAGUGCGCGAUCAUCACGGGACGUUAACGGAACGUCUGUUAGUGUUAGUGUCAUUGACCUCAUGAAAAAUGUAUCCAAUGAUGAAAAUAGGUCGCCAGUGUCGGAGCGCUGUCGGUGGCCAACGAGGCUUCUGACACGGCCAAGGUCGCCUCACAUGAAAAUGCCGUAUUCCCAAAGAGAGCAGAAAAUUGACUUAAACCUUGGUGGAAGACAUAUCGAGGCUCAUGAGAGGAUACCGCUUCCGCAGAGGCGUGCUCAGUCGGCGCAUCCCCUCAGUCGCACAAUCGCAUCGGCAACGUCAAGAACGCCAGCGACGCCAAAACCACCCAUUAAGCGUCCACAGACGGCGAGCCUUCCAAUGACGUACCGGAAACCGGAACCGAACAAAGAAACAGUGAUCCUGUCAGUCCAUCCUUUUGCAAACUCAGAUGCUCUCUAUCCAAACAAAAAUCUUUUAACUUCCUACCACCACGGUUUUAAAUCAAUUUGGCCCACUGGGCGUAAAAUUAACUUCAUCCAAAAUAAGAAACCGUUUGAGUCUUUCGAAUUAAACUCCUACUCGCGGGCAAUCGAAAGAAAGCAGUUCCCAUUUAAGACAAAACAUAACACCAGCAUUAAACAGGCUACUCCUGUUGUUUCUACGGACGAGUCGAUGUGUUUAAUAGCACACAAGCAACAAGUAAUUAAAGGGAACAAUACGAAACAUUCAGAUGAUGCUAAAAAGCCGUCAGUUAGGAAAUUGUCUUUAUACCUAGCAACAGACAGUACGCCAAGAAUGGCACGUUGAUUUAAAGGUGUAUAUUCAUGAAUUUCAGAAUAAGAAUUUAAAGGUACUCGUUCAAGUUGUAUUGGGUCAGGCAUCAAAAAUAAGGAAGUUGGUGUGAAAUGUGAACAAAAUGAUUAUUUCAAUGAUAAAACAUUAUCAAAAGUUUAAAAUAGAACUUUGUUAUUAAUAAUUGUUAACACUAUGUCAGAAAAUGCGAUUUUGCCGAAAUGUUUACGAAACGACAAUGAAAUUUAAAUGAGUUCGGGCUUGGAAUUACACACUUUGUUCAAAUGAGAAUGUGACAAAUGCUGUUUAGUGAAGAAAAUAAUUCAGUUUUAACAAAGUUAUACAUCUUUGCUUACACGAAAUCAGUGAAUGAGUCCUUUUUUUCAAAAUUUCUGUGAAACAAAAUGGUCCAUAUAGUUAGUGUACUACAGUGAAACUGCGAUAACUCGAACAUAAUAUAACUCAAACAAGCGAUAACUCGAACAGGAAAAUGACUCGAACAUGCGAUAACUUAAACAGUUAUGCCUCGAAUCGGCGAUUAUUCAGACAGUGACAACUCGAAUAUGCGAUAACUCGAACAGGCGAUAACUCAAACAGUGAUGCCUCGAAUAGGCGAUUAUUCAAACAGUGAUAACUUGAACAGUGGUGCCUCAAAUAGGCGAUAACUCGAACAGUGGAGCCUCGAAUAGGCGAUUAUUCAAACAGUGAUAACUUGAACAGUGGUGCCUCAAAUAGGCGAUAACUCGAACAGUGGUGCCUCGAAUAGGCGAUAACUCGAAAAGGCGAUAAUUAGAACAGGCGAUAACUCGAAAACUGUGGACUGGUGGAGGUGUUUAUUUACCUUCGAAUUAUAGAAUAUCUAAAAUACAACCUGAUAUAUUUAAAACGAGUGUUUAUAACGAUGAAAUAAUUAAACGCCUAAACAUAUUCAAUUUAACAUAUAGGUAUGGAUUUUAGUAAUGCGUUUAUAUCCGAGAGCGUUUUAAUUCGACUCGAACUCAAUAUAUGAACAAAAUCACGAGAGUUGAAAAUGACGUUCCGGAUCAAAACGCAGCAGUAACAAUCCAUUUAUUAUAUAUACAUUACUGGGUUAAAACACUCAAAUGACAUACUAUUUUACAGUAUAUGGCAUUUCAAUGAUGCUCUAUUUGGUUUUAUGACAUUAUUUAGCUGUAGUCAAUGCUUCAAAGAAAACUAAUACUAGAGAUAAAAAUAUACUUAGUAAUUGUUAAAACACAAUAUGUUGUACUCAACUAUUUUUUUUUUGCAGUAGAAUAUUUUUUUCUUUCGAAUCUUCGUCAGAGAUUUUAAUCAACAUAUUUUACGAGAUAUUGUGCUUUUAAAAAGUGAGAAAAAUACCUAGAUGCGAUUUUAAACACCUUUUGGUGGUUUGCGGUAAAAGAGUUAAGGUUGAGAUUGACAUUUUACUUAAGUAUGUUCGUGAUAUUGAAGCUAGUUCAUUCGUGAUUGUAUCAAUCAACAUUUUAUCACAGUGCAUUUACAGUCAAACCCCGUUGGCUCGAACACGUAUGGCUCGAAAUCAUCGUUGGCUCGAACACGUAUUGCUCGAAAUCAUCGUUGGCUCGAACACGUAUGGCUCGAAAUCAUCGUUGGCUCGAACACGUAUGGCUCGAAAUCAUCGUUGGCUCGAACUCGAUGUCAAGGACCGAUUUCUAUAUACUAAAAGUAAACAUUCCCGCUUGGCUCGAUUUUUCCGAGGCUCGAGGAUAUUUCGCCGGUCCCUGGGAGUUCGAGCCAACGAGGUUCGCUUGUAGUUAAUUAUUCUCUAGGAUAGAAUCCGUUAACGACGUCUGAAUGGCAGUGUAUUUUUGUGAAACAUGUUUGAUAUAAGUGCUAUAUUCAUCGGCAUAGAUAAAAAUUGCCGUAACACAAGAUUUGUUGACAAUAUUUGUUUAUUAUACGCACAAUUUUGCACGUUUUGGUGUAGCUAAAGUUAUAUUAAAUUUGAAAGUGUUGUGUUAAAAACACUUGUGACGAACGUUGGAUUUUUCUGUUUGUGUUUCUAUGGUUACCUAAAAUAACUUCGAAUGUCUUGCUAAUAUUAGGCCAUGUACACAUUAGCUUAAUCGAGUACAUUUUUAGACACAUUUCUGUUACAAUUAUAUUUUUUCUAUGAGUACCUUAAAUAAGUUUGCAUUUCUUGUUAAUUUUAGCUAAUAUACAUUUUUGCAUGCUUAACAAUUGUUUUAGUAUGUUCUAGAAUUGUUUACGGUUUCAAACAUUGUCCCCCUCUCUGUUAACGACAAUCGUAACAACUCGGCCAUUUCCGGAAAGCUUUGGGAUAGACUGUUGGAUAAUGGUCGAGGUGUUCCGAUUCGGAUAUUUUGUAGCAUAGUGAAUUUAUCUGCGAUACUGUCUGCUGGCGGACAUGUUGUGUGUAAUUAUAGUCACGGUUAUGCUUCGACCACAGUAUUUAUAAAAAAAAAAUUGUUAUGUUUGAAAUUUAGGUUUUGUAUGUUAGGUUUCUAUUAUGAAUUAAAGGCUUUGGA